GCAGAUUUAUGAACCCCCCCAAUUUAAAUAUUCAAAAACAUAGUACGUCACCUACGAAGGUGGAUCAUACAUUGCGCCAAUAUCUAUAAAGUUCCGUGAAAACAGAAAGCAGAAGAUUGCACUUUGGAAAGAGUUUCAGAGAAGAAAUCGUUCAAAGGGCGGCGUAAAUCCGAGGUUUGUACGAAAUAUUUGAAGACCCCACAAAACGCUCCACUAAAAUCGUUUCCUCUUUCUCUUGGACUAUUAUACUCCGAAUAAAACGCAGAAUUUCUGAAGCACAUUUUUAAAAAUUGCGGUCGUGGUUGAGAUGCUUCUGCUGGACUUAAACCACGUCUCAGCGAUGGCUGCAGCGGUCACAUCGCUGCUGUCUGCGCUGCUGUUGCUCCUUAUCUCACGGCACUUAUGGACCUAUCGAUGGACUAUAACACGGGACAAGGAAUGUAAGUUACCGCUUCCCAAGGGCUCAAUGGGCUGGCCGCUCGUAGGAGAAACGUUCCACUGGUUCUUUCAGGGUUCAAGUUUCCAUAUGUCGAGGAGGGAGAGGUAUGGAAACGUAUUUAAAACUCACCUUUUAGGCAAACCUGUUAUCCGAGUAACAGGUGCAGAAAAUAUACGCAAAAUUCUCCUCGGGGAGCACAACUUGGUGUCUACUCAGUGGCCUCAGAGCACUCGGAUCAUCUUGGGACCCAAUACCUUGGUGAAUUCUAUUGGGGAGCUACACAGACAAAAAAGAAAAAUCUUGGCCAAAGUGUUCAGCCGCAGGGCCUUGGAAGCGUACAUGCCCCGCUUGCAAGGUGUUGUCAAGUCUGAAAUUGCCAAAUGGUGCUCGGCGCCCAGCUCUGUGAACGUGUAUAACGCCGCCAAAUCUCUUACAUUUCGCGUUGCAAUCCAGGUCCUGUUGGGACUGAACAUGGAAGAGAGCCGUAUGAACCACCUUUCCAAAAUAUUUGAACAACUUAUGGAUAACCUCUUCUCGCUCCCGUUUGAUGUGCCGUUCAGCGGCCUACGGAGAGGUAUUAAAGCUCGUGAAACUCUUCACACAUGCAUGGAGACAAUUAUCGAGGAGAAACUCCGAACUUAUCAUACUGAAGGUCACAUGGAUGCAUUUGAUUACAUGCUGAGUAGCGCCAAGGAAAACGGCCACGAGUUAAACGUUCAAGAACUGAAGGAGUGUGCGGUGGAGUUAAUAUUUGCUGCCCAUUCAACUACGGCAAGCGCGUCUACUUCGCUCAUUCUCCUGCUUCUGAGACAUCCGAUGGUGGCUGAGAAAGCCAAACUGGAGUUGACUAAACAUGGGCUUGCACCCUGUGAUCAAUGUCUGCUAAAUAAAGGAGACGAAUUAGUUUGGAAACCCAAACACUCCCACACCCGGACAGAAAAGAAGAAUCACGAAAAUCGCACCAAAAAAGCUGGUUCAGAAAUUUGUCCGCCAGAAAGAGUUUACUGUGAUCCAGUGAUGGAUCCCAUUAAAGAGACAUCAAAUUUGGGUUCUUGUCACCCUCAUUUAACUUUAGAAAAGUUAAGUCAGCUGCGUUACAUGAACUGUGUUGUGAAGGAAGUGCUCAGAUUUCUCCCACCUGUGUCUGGCGGAUACAGGACUGCACUGCAAACCUUUGAAUUGGACGGCUAUCAGAUCCCGAAAGGAUGGAGUGUCAUGUACAGCAUCAGGGACACCCACGAAACAGCUGCGGUUUUUCAAAGCCCCGAACUCUUCGACCCAGACCGUUUUGGGGGUGACCGGGAUGAAAGUAAGAGAGGACGCUUCAAUUACGUGCCAUUCGGUGGAGGGACCAGAAGCUGCAUCGGAAAGGAACUGGCGCAGAUCAUACUAAAAACACUGGCGGCGGAGUUGCUUUCUGCAACGGAAUUUAAAUUAGCCACCGAAACUUUCCCUCAUAUGCAAACUGUGCCUGUUGUCCAUCCUGUGAAUGGACUGUAUGUUUAUUUCAAAUACACAAGCCUUAUCGACAACCAAGUCUAGACACAUUCAUUAUAGUAAGUUAGUUGCUUUGCGUCUUAAAUUAUUGUAUUUGUGAUAGCGUAUUUCGUGUUAUGUAUUGUUGUUAUGAACAUACAGCUUUAAGUAACAAAAAUAUAGGGAAUUGUGUUUUAAAGCCAAAAUUAAGACUCUAGUACUUUUCAUUGAAUAUCUCCAUCUCUCUUCCCUUUGUUUCAGAAGCUUCGUUUUGCAGAAAAUUGUUCAAGAAUAAUUUUCUGAAUGGUUAGGAUGUUCAUAAUUGCGAGAAUAUAAUAAGUGUUAAAUGUUUUGUCCUCAUAUGCAGAUUUUUUAUUUAAGAAGUGAAGGGAAACUUUAGUAAUGUACGUAAACUAAUAGACCUAGAAUAGGUAGUUCAUGUGUUUUAUAGGUAGCAUAUAAAAUGUCCAGAUAUAAUUAUCCCGCGUAGUAUUGCAAUUAUACAGUGAAAAACAAAGUUGUUGAAAGCAUAGAUUAUUUGUAAUCGAUGUUUAGCGUAAUGUCGCGCCUUAAUAUAGUUUAGGUAGAGCUAGGCUACUUACUAUGCCUCUUAUAAGACACAUGCAUAUAAAAUGUGAAACUUGUUAAAAAUGCUGUGAUAUCACUAAAGAGACGAGUAUGGGUAAAUGGAAGGAUCAACAUAGCUAAUAGCACUUUUCUAUCUAUAUAAACAGUAUGUUUGAAAUCGAUAAUGAUGUGUUUGUUUUGUUGGCGGUGGGAUCAUAAAAAUGACUUUCAAUUGUA